AUGGACCCCCUUCGAGUGGAGGGCAUGUUCACGGACCAGGUCCCAUGCGCGGUCGUGGGCGGGGAGACUGGGAAGGAGGUCGUGGACGAGGGCGCGAGCUUUUCCGCCGUCGAAGCCGAUCCCGUGAAGCUCGCCCAAAUUGGCCACGCGGCCGUCCGUCUAUCCUGGACCGCGACCGCGAACGAGAUCUACUGGAUCGCGACCGUCCACUUGAACGCGAUCGCGAGCGGAUCAUGGACCGCGAACGCGAACGUGAUCGAGACCGAGAUCGAGAUCGGGACCGAGACCGAGACCGAGACCGAGACCGUGACCGUGACCGUGACCGUGACCGCGAUCGAGACCGGGACUUGGACCGACGUGAUCGUUUUGAACGGAGAGACGAAUGGGAGAACCGCCGUCCAGAUCCGGGACCUCCUACCAAACCGAGUGGACAAUCGUAAUUCAAUUGCCUCAGUCAGCGCCUCUUCAGCCAAUGCGAUCCCUUUGCCCGUUCCCACUGCACCCGAGCGAUUGUCGGAACCGGAGAACGUCGAUUCUUCACAUAGAAAAUCGUCUAUCAUCUCAGGUCCUCCAGCAGCGGAACCACCCCGACGGGAGAGUGUCCGCCCAGAGCCGGCGCCUGUCCGACUCGAACCUCCGAAGGAUGCAGCCGUGUCUGUUCAGCAGUCUCCCCCUCCGUCCGCCCCGCAGGUUCCUGCCUUCGGUUCAGUGUCAACACCAGUCCCGUCUGCAGGGCCAGCCAAGGUCAGCUCGCCGGAAGGCCGUCCAUCGAUUGAUGCUACGACACCAUCUGACAAAGAUCGACCACCUUUCCACCCGCCAACGGGCCCCAAAGCCGAGCGGAGUCAAUCUCUGCACUCAGUCGAAUCCCGAAGUCAUGGCUCUGAAAGCAAUCAUCGACAGGAUGAUUCCUCACGCUCAGUAAGGACCUCUGUGCAUGUCCCCGACAGGUCUCCGCCGACUGCACCUGCUGCAAUGGUGAAGAGAGAUUCUGUCUCAGGUAACGUUGAGCACGCCUCGCUUGGAAGAUCCAGUGUCCACGCGACGUCUCCGACCUUUACUCGACCUCCACCGCCAGCUCCACGAGCGCUGUCCAGAGAUCCGUCCAUUUCCCCUCGAAUGCAAACUUCGAAUAUUCCAACAGGGCCUCGCGCCUACCAAAGACGACCAAGUUUGUCUCCGCGAGGAGGUGGCAAGGGCAUGAAAGCUUGGGGACGUGCAACUUUUGGUCGCGCCCCGUCUGCCACUGGGAUGCAGCUCAAGAAGGACCAUGAUGAUUCGGAUGAGAGACCGCCUGUCGUUGAAGCAAUUCAACAAGACUCACCUCUUCCCGCUCAGCGUACAACCCAAGAAUCUGUUGUCGCAAAUGAGUCUGUUCAGUCUACACCUCCCCGCUCUGGCUCAGUGGAUCUGCCCAUAAGAGUCAGUCCUCCGCCUGCGACAAAGCCCCAGACUCAGCAACAUACCCACACGGAAGCCGAGAUAUCUUCCGCCGCCAACAAUCAAGUUCCAGGCCAACUUGAAGGGAUACAUGAAGAGCGUCGUGAGAUGAAUGCUCAAGCGGCCCCACAAGUAGAGACUGUGGAGAAAACAGAGACGACAGAACUAGAUGCGCAGGAGGAGGAGGAAGAAGAAGAGGAGGAAGAAGAAAAUGUUGUCUUCACAAAAGAAUAUUUGGAGGAGCGAAAGCAGAAGUUCGAAAAAGAUAUGCAGUCUCUUCGUGCUGAAAUGCCAAUGCCACCCUUGGAAGAUCCCACUAUUGUCUCACUUCUUCUCAAAAUUCAAAUGCUGGGCAAGGUUGCCCAUGAUCAAAGACACGGACAAUCUAUCGGACCUGUGCUCUCUGAAGAAGAAAAGGAGAUUCCAUCCACUGCCCCAGUCGACGACGAGGUCCCAUCGGUCGUUCCACCGGGACCUGAAGAUAAGAUCGAUUCGACAUCCGUUACUAUUCCCCCCAAGACUCCCAUGCAGGAGGAGAGAGUCGUCGACAGCCUGCCAUUCCUGCAUUCAGGCCCUCCUACUCCAAUCUCAGACAUGGACACCUCCCUUACAGACAAGGUGACCAAGCAGCAUCUGAACGAGUUCAUCCGCACAGAGCUCAUUCGGCGACAAAAGGAGGUCGCGGAAAAGAACGCUGCAUUGCGCGAUGAGUACAUGUCCCAUUACAAGCGAUGGCGCUUAGAAGUAUGGGAACUCGAUCGACUCAAGGAGAAGAAGCCUAUGACACCUGGUCCAGUCUCGCCUCCAGCGCCACCUGUACCGACCCCCCCAGCGGCGGUUUCGGAAAGCCGGGAAGGGCGCCGGUACAAAGGCAACAGCGAACUUGACUUCUUGAACGCAUUGAAGGCAUCGGAAAUUUCUGCUCAGGAGGAACUCGAGCGUCGACGAACAAGAAUGGCGACUGCGCGACCUGACCUCGCUCGCGAAGCCAUCAUCCCCGAUAUGCUUGAGCCGCGCCAAGUGAAGGCUGGAAUCUUUAAGGAUGUCAACAAUACCGUUGACCCGAGUGAUGCGAUGGAAGUGUUUGGAUUUCUGCCACCGCCAAAUGAUUUCACCCCCGAGGAGCAUCAAUUGUUCACAGACGCUUUCAUGGCGUAUCCGAAGAAAUGGGGCAAGAUUGCAGAAUCUCUGCCUGGUCGUGAUUUCAGACAGUGCAUCAUUCACUAUUACCUGACAAAGGAAGAGAUCAAGUACAAGGCUAAACUGAACAAACGUUGGAGUCGCCGUGGACGGGGCAAAGCCCGCUCUUCGCGACCAAAGUCUAACGCUUUGAUUGCUGACUUGGGAGUCGUCAAACCGGAUUUUGAUGGCGAGGAGGAGCAACCUCCGCCCGUCACUGAUACUGGUCGACCUCGGCGCGCGGCUGCCCCUACGUUUGGUGAUUCCAAUGAUUCUGAAGGCGCUGUUGCUGGCAGCCGGCGUGGCCAGUCCGUCAAAGAUGGCGAACUCACAGAGAAGCCUGCUGUGCGAAGAGGCGGGCGAGCCACUGGCACACGCACGCAAAGACGCGGUGCGAAAGUCGUUCAGCAGGAUCCUAAGAGCCAGCCUUCGACUCCUCAAGGGAGCAACACUCCCGUCCCUCCGGCCCCCAAGAUAGAAUCGGGUAUUGAUGCGCUGGUUGAGGUUGCAUUGCCACCAGAGAAGGAGCUCGUUGAAAAGGAACCUUUGCCGUCCGCUUCGCGUCCGAAAGCAGGGCGAGGUCGGGCAAAGGACGGGAUCUAUGUCUUUGAAUCCACAGAGACGGACCCGACAACAGCAACACCCAAGCCUUCUGAAAGUGGGUAUGGAUCACUGCAACCGACUAGCUACUGGUCUGUCCCCGAGCAGCGCGAUUUUCCUCGCUUGCUUGCUCACUUUGGACGUGACUUUGAGGGCAUUUCCAGCUUUAUGAAGACGAAGACAACUGUGAUGGUGAAAAACUACUACCAGCGACGCCUUGACUCUGGACAAAAAGAUUUCGAGGAGAUCGUCCUAGUCGCAGAAGAGAAGAAAGCUCGCGGUGAGCCGACUGGUCCUCUCCCGGUGCCGAGUGUUGCUCCAAAACGUCGUUAUGAAGCUACCCCAUCGGCCAUCAUCCCUCGCCCGCUCGCACCGCAUGGAGAAUCAGUCUCAGAAAGCGAGGACGCCCGGUUUGCCCCCAAGAGCAAACCGGCUGUCACAUCACCCCAAACGGUUCCAGUGCACAGUCGGCCUGUGGUGGAAGGUGAUCGGACGUCGAGUCGUUAUGCUCCCCUUGCGCAAGCAUCCACGCCUGGCGCUAACUCACCAAUGGCCGCCACGUACGGAGAUGAUGCUGCCCGAGGCUCGCGGACACAACCUCCACCUUCUCGAAUGUCUGGACCUCGUAUUGGAUUCUUUACCGAGGAUCGUCGCGACUCGCCAAUUCUCCAAUCAGGCGCUCAGCGAGCGUCAGACAUGCCGAUUUCCGCCCGGCAUGUUGCGACGGGAGCCAUGCCACAAGAGAUGACGGGAAUGGAGCCCAUUGCGCUGCAAACAUACAUGCCUGGUCAACCAUCUUCGUCGCUGAUGCAGACAUCUCAUUCCCGCCACAACAGUCUUACUCAGCCGCCCAGCUCGCCAGCGGCGCGCCCGCGGACGGAGCUUGAGCAUCCCUCUUACCAUCGUGAUCCUUUCGCACCGAGGGCGUACUAUUCUCUCCCGGGUCAGCCCACUGGUCUCGUUAACUCCCCUCGUCUUGGAAUGUCACCGGUGAAGGAUGGUCCCCGUCCAGGUGCUACGCCUGUCUCCGAACCAACCCCACGCCAGGUGCCUGCUAAGCGCUCAAACAUCAUGAGCAUUUUGAACGAUGAGCCCGAGGACCCACAGCCCAGGAAAAGAUUUGCUAGUGAAGUUUCAUCCAACUCUGGCCAAGGCCCUGCUUCUGGUCCCGUGUCACGAUCAGUUUACCAGCCUGGCGAAAAGGCUCGAAUUGAUGAGGCUGCGCAGAAGCCGACCAGCUACGGUCAACCAAGCCCUUAUCAAGCGUCCUCCCGAGGAUAUCCUGAUUACAAUAUGAGCAAUUAUGGGCCGCCUGCCAAUGGCCCGGGAAAUGCUGUCAACAAUGAUUGGAUGGCUCGCUUCGAUCCGAGAGCUCAACAGGGAGGUCCGCCUACCCAGUCCCAGCCACCUCCUCCAGCUCCAUCGUCUCAAGUGGGUCGACCGGUCUCGUCAAUGGCCACCCAAGGCUCCUACACGCAGUACGCGGGUGGCCAAUCUCAGCAUGCUGCGCCGCCCUUGAGCUCGUUACCAGCCCCUUCCCCUGCGCCUACACCACCCCCAGCCAGUUCACAGCGGCAAAGUUAUUCCAGCGUGUUUUCUCAGCAUGGAGUUCCCUCGGGCGCCCGGGACCUAGGGCCACAACCUUCUCCCUAUCGACCUGCCUCGCCCACUCCUCGAGCCGGCAGUGCUGCGUAUGGCUCACGCACAGAGCCAUCGACAGCCGCUCAAUCGGCCAAUAGUCCGUUUGCUCUAGCCCCGCGUCAGCUGGCCCAGCAGCACUCCUACACCUCAGCUGCCUCUCCCACGCCCGUGGGUACUCCACAACACAGCCAGAGCUAUCAGCAGCACGUACAAACUCUGGUGAAUGGUUCCCAUCAGUCGCAUCGAUCGACGCCCGUGGCACUGGGGAGCGGUCCCCAACAAUACGGCCACAACACGCUCACACCGCAAGCACCGGGCCGCUCAAUGCCGUCACUUGCCAGCCUUGGUCGAUCAUACACUCCCCCUUCAGCCUUGCACCCUGGCAGUAUGGGCUUUGGUCCGCCACCGCCGCCAGGUCCAAGUGGGAUGUCGUCAAUGCAUCACAGAGCAUCUGGGCCUGGGGAUCAUAUUGUUCACCCGGGCGGCCAUCAUCGUGUUUACAGCCAGGGGUCCACCCCAGGAGGUCUUCCGAGCUCGAUGCGCCCUGGGUCCCAGCCACCACGCUAA